AAUCUUGCUCUGUAGCACAUGGUUUCUUCUUCCACUCUCUUCCCAUUUCCUCUUCUUCCGAAAAAAAUCUCCAUAUAUACACACACACACACACACAUUCACAAAUCACAUCUUCCUCAUCUCUUCUCUCUCUUCAAAUGCAAUUGUUUUGACUCGCUUUUGAUUUCUCUCUCGACACACAUCGUCUUAGCUUUGAAAACACUGAUAUAAAUAGGGACUUAAAAUGGCAAGGGAAGGAGGAGCAGAAUCGAACUACAAUUCGACUACUGAAAGUCACCUCCAGCAAUCUUCUCCUCGCAAAUCUCCUCCUUCGCAAGACCAUGAGGAGAAGACAACUUAUGUCAAGUUCCUUCUGUCAAAUGCUGAAGCCGGUUCAAUUAUUGGAAAAGGUGGCUCAACUAUCACUGAGUUACAGUCUCGUUCUGGGGCUAGAAUUCAGUUGUCACGCAACUAUGAAGUUUUCCCUGGAACAUCCGAUAGAAUCGUAAUGGUAUCUGGGUUUCUUGAUGACAUACUAAAGGCAGUUGAUCUUAUUCUUGAUAAAUUGCUGGAUGAGUUUUACGCUGAAGAUGGUGGCGAAGUGGAUCCAUGCUCAAAAUUUAGACUAGUUGUGCCUAACAGCUCUUGUGGUGGAAUAAUCGGGAAAGGAGGAGCCACAAUAAAGUCAUUUAUUGAAGAUUCUCGGGCUGGCAUAAAGAUAUCUCCUCAGGAUAACAACUUCCCAGGACUUCAUGAUAGAUUAGUUACAGUCACCGGUACUCUAGGAGAGCAGAUGCGGGCUAUCGAAUUGAUUUUAUUCAAGUUAGCAGACGACUCUCAUUACAUGCAGUCCAUGAAUGCACCAUUCCAAUAUGCAGCUGUUUACGUCGGAAUGAACUAUGGACCACCAAAUGGAGUUGGAGGGCGAUAUCCGUAUAACCGACAUCAAAACAAGGUGGCACCGCAGGAAGACAAGAACGAUUCUGUGACUAUUGGUGUUGCGGAUGAGCGUAUUGGAUUAGUCCUUGGCCGGAAUGGGAGGAGCAUAAUGGAGAUCAGUCAGCUUAGUGGCGCCAGAAUAAAGAUAUCAGACAGGGGUGAUUUCUUUUCUGGUACUUCUGACAGGAAGGUAACUAUAACUGGAUCACAAAGAGCUAUCCGCAUGGCAGAGUCCAUGAUAUCUAAGAAAGUAGCUACUGUUUUUGAGAGCGAUGAAUUUGUGAAAUGAUGAUCCACGGCUGGAGAACACAUUCCAUCCGAGGAGGGCAGCAUAAAUUUAGUACAUUUAAGGAAUAUUUGGAAGCAAAGCUUGUGGGGAUCGCAAUUGAUUCAAUAUAAUAUCGUUCUAUACAGUCGUAAUUCUUCAAUAGCUAGCUCUCAGUUGACAAUUUUGAAGCUUUCUUAUGGUCUGUUUUAUAUAAAAACAUUUAUUCCUUCCUAUGUCUCGUAGAGGAAUAGUCAUAGUUAUCAAUAGGAGCAUCUGUCAGACUGUCACAGCAUGAGCUUCCGUGAUAGCAACUAUGUAACUGAGACGCGAGAACUGUUGAGACUUCCGGCGCAUUCGAGUAAUUUCGUAUUUUAUGUCUUUGAAUACUUCAAUAUGGUUUAGGUAAUGUGUAAUUUCUCAGGUUGCAGUCGGACAUUUUUAUUUUAUGCUAUAACUAAUUAGUGGAUGAUUUUGCUGAUGA